UACUACGAUGACACCUACCCGGGCGCCAAGGAGCAGAGGGCCUUCGAGAAGAGCAUCUUCGCCAAGACCCACCGCAGCGACAGCGAGAUCGCGCUGCUCGAGGGCCUCACCGUGGUCUACAGGAGCAGCAUCGACCUCUACUUCUACGUCAUCGGCAGCCCCCACGAGAACGAG